AUGUAGCUAAAUCAUGAAUAAGCAAAUAAUUUUUAUUCGCUAGAAUAUUUGAAUUCUUAGCUGAAUAGCGAACUGAAAGCUAAGACUACUUAAACUGAAUAUUAAAAUAUAUAAAACAUUUUAGAAGUUUUGAAUAACGAUAUUGUAGAUGUAGUAAAAUUAAGAGAAUAUGCUAAUUUAGGUAUUUCAGAUCAAUGCAUAGGCUUAAGGGCUUUAGUCUGGAAGAUACUUUUAGAAUAUUUUAAACCAGAUAGAUCAACUUGGACAAAAUAGCUAUAAGAUAGCAGAGUUUUUUAUAAUUAAUUUUUAGAUGAUUUUCUCAGAAAAUAAAAGUUGCCUCCUUAAAAAAUUAUUGAUGAGCAUGAAGAAGAAGAGUUAAAAAAAAAGCAAGAAAAUAAUGCGAAUUAAAGCGAAGCUAAUCAUUUAUCAAUAAAAAAAUAAGAAAGCGAUCCAUUCUCUAAAAAUUCAAUAAUAAAUCAUCCAAAUAGAUUAAGUUAAGGGAGCAGCUAAAAUAAAAUGAAAUUUUAAAAAGUAGUUGAUCAUCCUUUAAGCAAAUGCAGCAAGAGUAACUGGAAUUCUUUUUUCUAAGACUCUGAGCUUUUUACAUAAAUAGAGAAAGAUACAGAAAGAACUCGUGCUGAUAUGCACUUUUUUACAUCACAUACAUAAAGAGAAGUGAGACUCUAAAUACCUUUUAUCACUUAAAUUCGUUAAGAAAAGAAGAAGAAAAAUAUAAGCUAGGAAGAAAGACAUUGUGAUGUAUUAAGUCGUAUUUUAUUUAUUUAUGCAAAAUUAAAUCAAGGAAUAUAAUACGUUUAAGGAAUGAAUGAAGUUUUGGCUCCUAUUUAUUACGUCUUCUAAAAAGAAAGAGCUUUUCCUUUAUUCCAAGAAGAAGGAUUUUUAUAAAUAGAGGCUGAUACUUUUUUUUGUUUCAUUAAAGUUAUGGGUCUCCUUAAAGAUAGAUUUAUGAGGUAAAUGGAUGAAUGCUAGUAAGGUAUAAAAAGAUAAUGCUAAGAAUUCAACAGCUAUCUCAAGGCAUACGAUAAUGACUUGUGGUUCCAUUUUGAAAAGCUAUAAAUUGACCCCUAGUACUAUAGUUUAAGGUGGUUACUUCUGCUCUAUACUUAAGAGUUUUAAUUGAAUGAUGUUAUACGUCUUUGGGAUACACUGUUAAGUAGGAAAAAUAUUUUAGUUUAUGUUUUUUAUGUUGGGCUAGCUAUAUUGUAGAUAAAUAGAUCUGUAUUACUUGACGAAGACUUUGCAGUUGUGAUGACAAAUUUAUAAAAAAUAGAAAAAAUGGAUAUUUUAUAGAUUAUAAAAGAGGCUCGUAACAUUGAAUAAAAACAUAUUAAUAAAUAAAGUUACUAAGACUAAGAAGAGUCAGUAUGA